AUUUGCAAUUUGCACCGUCAUCAAUUGAUCCGACGGCCCAGAUUUCUCCCGCUUCCCUCUAUAUAUACUCUUCAUUUCUCACAUUCGGCAUAAACCACCCGACUGAUCAGUGAAGCUUCUAGGGUUUUUGCAUCGCGAGCAAGCUGAGGAAGAAGCAGAACAAGGUUGCUUCAAAAUGGCUUUUUUAAGUAAGUUUGGAAAUAUACUGAGGCAGGGUGCAAAUAAGAGGGUUGGAUUAGAUUUGCACCGUUCCAGUUUGUCUCUCUGUCAAGCUGUACGAUGGAUGUCUUCCAUGGAAAGUUCAAAAGUUUUUGUCGGAGGUAUUUCGUUCAGCACUGAUGAUCAAAGUCUCAGGGAAGCCUUUACCAAAUAUGGGGAAGUAGUCGAAGCUAGGGUCAUCGUAGACCGUGAAACUGGAAGAUCCAGAGGAUUCGGAUUUGUGACUUACACCUCUAGUGAGGAGGCCUCUAGUGCCAUCCAGGCAUUGGAUGGACAGGACCUUCAUGGUCGCCGGGUGAGAGUGAAUUAUGCUAAUGAUAAUAGACCUCGUGGCUUUGGUGGUGGUGGUGGUUAUGGUGGCGGCGGCGGCGGUUACGGUGGUGGCGGUUACGGUGGUGGUGGUGGUUAUGGUGCUGGUGGUGGUUAUGGUGCUGGUGGGGGUUACGGAGGUGGUGGUGGGGCUUAUGGAGGUGGUGGCUAUAGUGGUGGUGGUGCUGGAGGCAAUUAUGGCCGAGGAAGUGGAGGAAAUUAUAGCAACGAUUAUGCCAGUGACAACCGUGGAAGUGUUGGUGGCUUCGGUGGAAAUGAUGCUGGCUAUAACGCUGCUAGCAAUUUUGCUUCUGGAAACACAUUCGGUAGCGAAAGUAAUGCAGGUUUUGGUAGCGGCAGUGGCGGCGACUAUUUUGCCAAUGGUAGUGGGGAGGGACAAUUUGGCAGCAACGAAACAAAUUCCAUGAAUGCAUCUGGAGAGGAGCAAUUCGAAGAAAAUGCUAGGGACGGAGAUGACACAGACGACUUUGCUAAAAGAGCCUGAUAGAUUUUUCCAUAUGCACUAUCCAUAGUCAACUUCAUCCAGCAUUUUUGGUUAUGGCUAUGUAGAUUUUCCCUACAUUCUACCAUACUGGAACCCUCUGACUUUGUUUCCAUAUGUUUGAGACUUGCUUCGAUGAUUGUGAAUUUUCAAUUGAACUUCCAAUCUAGUUUCUCAAUGAUAAAUAAGUAGUGUUUUUUUGCCCCUGCUCUA